CAUGAUGAUAAUCAAAUGGAUUUGACAUUGACCACUAGUACUGCUAAUAAAAAUAUUAUCGUUGCUGUUGUUGAUGAUAAACGACCGGAAGAUAUUAUUGAAUCAACAUUCAAUGAAAUUGAAAUUGAUUCAAAUGAAAAAACUAGUCGACAAAAUAACAAUGAUGAUGAUGAUGAUACGAUAAUUAAUAAUAGACAAAAUAAGCAAUAUGGACAACCAAAACAACAAAUUUGUCCUCGAAAACAUCGUCCUCGUCAUCAUAAUCAUUCAUGUAGUCAUUUAAGAAAACAAUGUAAACAUUAUCAAUUACGUGCCUUAUUGAGUCAACCAUUAACAACAACAACAACGAUGAUGAAUAAUCAACAACAACAACAAAAUACAAUUUCAGAACCAAAUUCACAAAUAUGUAGUACAUGUAAAAAAAUAUUUCAAUCACCUUGGCUAUUGAUGCAACAUGCUCAAAAUGAUCAUGGUUUAAAAAUUUAUGAAGAAUUUGAUGAUGAUUUUGAUUCAUUUACAAAUGUUGUUACUACUUCGGCUGGUUUGGAUGUUACAAAUACAAAUGAUGAUUUUAUUCAACAACAAAAUCCUAAAAUGAUGAUGAUGAAUGGCCAUCAAUCAUCAUCAACAAAUUUGUUACCACCAUCAAUUAAUAAAUCAGGCCCUAAUGGAAAUUCAUCACAGCUAUGGUCAAAUGGUCAAACUGUUACUAAUCAAUCAUCAUCAACAUUACCGGUUAGCAAUAUUAAUAAUCUUCAAUCAAUAGCUGCAAUGAUGACAACAGCCGGUUUUAAUCUAACAACAACACAAUUAGAAGCUAUAUUACGAUCAUCCGCAGCAUCUAGCCAAUCAUCAUCAUCAAAUCCUCUUUCAUCAUCAACAUUAUCUUUGUUACAAGCAAUAACUGCAGCGGCAAAUGUCGCAACAACUGGUGGCAAUAAUAGUCAAAAUAAUCGUCAACAAAUUGCCGCUACUAGUCAUCAAACAACAGCAGCAUCAGCAACAGAUCUAUUAGGUCAUCAUCAGCAACAUCAUUUAGCAUCUGCAGCCGCAUCAUCUCAUCCUUCAAAUGCAUUAUUAAAUGAUUUGUAUUUGAUUGGUGUUGGUGGUGGUGGUCCUCUUAAUUCAAAUAAUGCAAGUCUAGAAACUCAGAUACCACCAACGACGAAUCAUAAACGAAAUGGACAUCAUCAUCAUCAUCAUCAUACAAAUCCGGUUACAUCAAUAAACCAACAACAUCAAACAUUAACUAAUUUUACUAAUCAUUUUUUUGAUGGUUCAACAACAACAACAUCUUCGGCAAAUGCAGCAUUUGAUUUAUAUUCAAAGCAGAUGCGACAAUUGGCCAAUUCAAUGACACAACAACAACAACAACAACCAUUACCAUUAUCAUUGCCACCACCAACAACGACAACGGCUGCUGCUGCUGCUGCCAUUAAUUCAAUAACACCGAAUUUAUCGAAUGCUAGUCUGAUGAAUAAUAAUACUGCUACUAAUAAUAAUAAUAAUAAUGUUUUAUCAUCAUCAACAUCAUCAAAUACUACCUCCUGUUUACAAUCGAAUCGUAAAAAUCGUUUUCAAGAAUCAUCAUCAACGAUUAAUAAUAAUAAUAGUAAUUCACCGGUAAUACUUAGUCCAUUGGCACCAUCAUCAUUAAACAACGUUACUGAUAUAACAAAUAGGCAACUAUCAUCACCAUCAUUGAUGAUUAAUCAACAACAUUCACGGCCAAAUUCAAAUUCAUCAUCAUCAUCAGUGAAUCGUUUAACAUCACCACCGGUCAAUACAAAUUUAUCAUCGAAUAAUGGUAAAAGAUUGUUAAUCAAAGAAGAAACUGAUUCAAAUCAAUUGAAUAAACGUUCUUCGAUAGUAGCAGAUGAUGAUUGUAGGAUUCAACCAAAAGAAUCUUCAAACAGCAACAACAACACAUUGAAUAUACGUAGGCCACUUAAAUGUGAAUUUUGUGGUUUAGGAUUUAAAAAAGUAAUGAAAUUACGUAGACAUUUAAAACGUGUUCAUAAAGCUAAAAAAUCGAAUGGUUAUAAUAGUAAUAAUGAACAAAAACAACAAAAUGAAAAUUCAAUUAAUAAUGAUGAUGAAUGUUCAUUGAAUAAUCAAAAUCAUCAAGAUGAUUCAUCAACAGUAAUCGAUAAUGAUGAUGAUGGGGAAAAAUCUUCGACAAUGAUUAUUAAUGGAUCAGAAUCUUCACCGCCACUGGCGCCACCACCACAAGAUGAUGAUUCAACACAACAAUCAAAUCAAUCGAAUACGAUAACAAAUAAUAAUAAUAAUAAUAAUGAAUCAGUUUCGAUUGAAGAAAUUGAAGAUAAUGAAGAUGAUGAUGAUGAUAAUGAAGAUAUGGAAAUUGGUGUUGAUGAAAUUGACGACGAUGAUGAUGAUGAUGACGAAGAUGAUGACGAUGAAGAACUUGAUGAAGAAAUUGAUGAUGAUUUGAUUAAACUUUCGAAACAAAAUAAAUGUUUAAAUGGUGAUUUAAUUGCUGAAGAUUUAUCAUCUCGGUCAUCGGCUAAAUUAAGUGAUUCUUCAUCGAUAAAAAUUAGUGCAAUAACCGAUGGAGCUGGACUUCAUCAACAUCAACAACCACUUAAUAAUAAUCAUCAUUCACCACCAUUUUCACCUCGUUCGAUUAAUAGUGAUCAAUUUAAUCGAUCGAUUCAAAAACAACCAUCAAUAACAACAACAAAUAAUCAUCAUUCAACAACAACAACAACAUUAUCAGCCAAAGGAACAAGUGCAAUGCUUAAUAAUAAUAUGCAAAAUUUAUUAGGUGAAUGGAUGGAAAAAAUUGGUUUUACAAAUAUACAAUAUAAUAAUGAUACUUAUAAUAAAAUUAUGGAAGAAAGUAGUAAAGUUUUUACUAAUUAUUUGAAUAAUGCAUCGAAAUCGGAACGGAUUAAUAUGGAAAAUUUAUUUACAAAUAAUAAUAAUAAUAAUGGUGGUGGUGGUGGACUUUUGGCAUUGAAUAAUUUACUAAACAAUAGUAACAACAAGCAACAACAGCAGCAAUCACCACCAAUACCAAGAUCAUCAUCGACAACAGCAACAGCAACGAAUAAUGGAUUACCAUCGAAUAAUAAUCUACUUGGAACAAAUUUUAAUGAUUUAAUGAAUAGUCUGCAACAAAAUCCAACAAAUGCUGCUAAUUUAAAUAUGUUGGCUGGUAGUUUUUUGAAUAGUGCCUUUACUGAUCCAACAUUUGAUCCAAAAAAAUUGUUAAAAUUUGAUUUUUUAAAUCAUGAACAACAACAACAAACAGCAAUGGCAGCAAUGGCUGCAAAUAAUCCAACACUUUAUUCCAGUUUAUGGCCAUCAUCAAUGGGUCCGAAUCCAUUUUUAAAUUUUUCAACAGCAGCUACCGGUUUGAAUCCAGAAGCUGCAGUUGAAUUUUUACGAUCAACAACAAAUAAAUUAUCAUCAUCAUCAUCAGAUGUUAAUAGUGCCUUUAUUAAUAAUAAAGGUGCUUCAAUCGCAAAUUUGCCACCACCACCACCAUCAUCAUUAACACCAACGGCACAAAAUCAUCAUCAUCAUCAUAGUAAUGGUACAACAACAACAACAGCAAAUAGUAAUGGUCUUCAUCACAGUAAUAAUCGUACAAAUGGUGCAACAUUACGUAAUAGUUUACUAUCAAAUAACAACAAUAAUAAUAAUUCUUCAUUAACUGGAAUUGGUAAUCAUCAUAAUCAUCAUCGAAGUAAUAAUCAUCAUGGUUUACGUUCGUCCAAUACCAAUUCAUCAUCAACAGCGACAGCAACGACAACUACGGAUGGUCGACGAAAAGAACAUCGUUUUCGUAAUGAUACAUGUGAAUAUUGUGGUAAAGUAUUUAAAAAUUGUUCAAAUUUAACUGUACAUCGACGUUCGCAUACUGGUGAAAAGCCAUAUAAAUGUGAACUUUGUUCAUAUGCAUGUGCACAAAGUUCCAAAUUAACAAGGCAUAUGAAAACACAUGGCCGUCAUGGUAAAGAUGUUUAUAAAUGUAGAUUUUGUGAUAUGCCAUUUUCGGUACCAAGUACAUUGGAAAAACAUAUGAGAAAAUGUGUUGUUAAUCAAAAUAAUCGAAAUGCUGCGGCAGCGGCUGCAGCAGCCGCUGCUGCUGCUGCUGCAAGUCUUUCCGGUGGACAUCAUCAUCAUGCCGCAUCACCAUUAUCUAAUGCUGAAUUAGCAAUAUUAAUGCAACAACAGCAACAACAACAUCAAUUACAACAACAAUCACAUCAUCAUCAUGCCGCAUCACAUUUACAUGGUAGUGGUGGUGCUAGUGUUAAUGUACUUUCAAGCGCAAGUUCAGCCACAAGUAAUGAUAAAGAUUCUGAUCUAUAGUCCCUUUCGUCAAAUAUCAUCAUUCAAUUCAACAAGAAAAAAAAUAUCAACCUUUUAUCAGAUGAAGACGAGCUUCUUUCAACAAACAACUACCCGGUCAAAUCCAAUCAUCAUCAUCAUCAUCCCAAUCAAUCAAUCGAUCGAUCAUCACACACCUUUUAUCAUACCUUAAGCAUUUAUUAUUUGAUUUGAUACCUUACAGGUGAUAUAAGUUAUAUUAAAUAAUAUGUAUCUUCUAUAUAUAAAUAAAUAACCAGUGUAGGAAAAUUCAUUCAGAUUUUUAAAAUUCAUUUCAUUCUGAUUAUUACAUUU